GUUCUCCCAUGUCACCACAUCGUUGAGCCACAGAGGCCCAUUGAACUGGGGCCAUAUCAUAGGGAACAAUGAUCUUACAGCCACUUUCGAAAAGCCCCGGGUCACAAACACUUUGUCUGGGAGUAGUAUUGUGCUAAGGAUCUUUCGUUUCCACGAUAUCAUGGUGAGACUCCGCCAGCGCUACCCUUUUACAAGCUUCAUGCUAAGAAGUGAUCUAUGCCUAGGAAGAGCUCGAUCUCUCCUUCUUUGCUAUGGCUGCCACAAAGGCCCCAUCUCAGCCUGCCCAGGGGCAAGCAUCGAAGCCAUCAUUCGCCGUCGUCGUGAAGCUACCCUGUGUGGCAGUGAAAUAUCCUCGCGGAAACAUGAUCCGCCGCUUUCAGAUCAAAUUCUCAGCCGAAAAGGACUACUAUGCAGCUCUAGCCAUCCUCAGCGAGAUGAAUUGCCCAUUUUCAGAAGCUAGUCCCGCCUCCAUGCACAAACAGACCUCCUCGCAGUGGAACACAGGAUCCUUCAGACCUGGCUCUAUGUUAAGUGAGCUUACAGUACCGAAUGCCAUGAUACCGUCCAACAAUGGUAUUGGUUUUCCUGUGUAUGCACCAGGCACAUGUGCCCGUCUACCGACGCCAAGCGUCACAGCAGGCACAUUGAUAACGUCCGCAUCUUCAUCCACCCUAGGCACCAGCCAUCCGUACCAAGCGACAAAUACACCCAGCAGUCUCGCCAAUUACGUGUAUACAGACAGCAACCUUACGCAGUCCCUCAAUGGCCAAUGCCCACCCUCUGCCCUACAAAUCCAAGGCACUUCGGAGGCUGACCCGUCCAGACCUUCCACUGCCACCCUUCCCCUGGAGACAGCGAACCUGGACCCGCCUCCCGCGAGGGUUCUUCCCUUUAAUAGACCGCUCAUGAAGAGGACUCACACAAUAGCCACGACCGGCAUCCCCGCUGGAAAAGUGGCAGCAAUUGAAAGCACAGUGUCUAGACCAUAUCCAGAACUAGCCCCUGCAAACAAAACACAACCUGCCUCAUCAACGGACCCCCCACCCCAGACUGAAACUCC